AUGGCAGCCUCUUCUAAUUCACGGAAUCAGAGCCUCUAUCAGUUGCGGGGUGGUACCAAAAGUUUAAGUACGACUCCGGUGCGGGAACUUCUUCAAGGAACGAGUUCAUCGCGCCUUGAAGAUCUUAGACGAAAUCUUCCAGAACUGGCCAGUCCAAACUCAGGAAUUGACAAAAUCACGAAGCCAACAGUCAGCAAAUUUGAGGAAAUUGUUGCUACGACGUCAUUUUCUCCAACUUCAAGUAGCGACCCGUCAACGUGUACAAACACAAUGGCUCAGGAUCAGGGAAGCAGUCCUUGUGCAAAGGCUAAAAUGAGCAUAUAUGGUAAACGUAGUGAGCAUACAGAAAAAAAGAGCUUGGAUGAAAUGUGUGAAGAAAUCAAAGGUACGACGAUGGAUAACUUUGAACCUGCCACUCAGAAAGUUACUCGAAAGUAUGGUAUGGAUGGAACUAUCAGACCAGAUAUUGAAACCUUGUUGAAUGCUUCGAAGCACACCAGCGGUAAUACUUUGGCUGUCCAAGAAGUUAUAACUUCUAGGACUACUCUGAAGCGGAAACAUGAGGGUGACGAUUAUGAUGACAAGGUCAAGCGCUUUAAUUCUAAGGAGACUGGAAAUACUACCUUUUUUUCUUUGGAAAAAGAAUCACCAACAACUGCUGCACUGUCAAAAUCUGAAGAAGAAAUCCAGAUUGUUCAUGUGUCUGAAGCGUCUACCACAUCACAUCUCAAUCUGCAAUAUGAUCAAGAACCUAUGCCAAAUCAGUUGGUUCAGCAGCGAGUUUCAGGCAUGGCAAGUGGAGUUGUACCAUCAAAAAGUUAUCGUAAACAAUCACCACUGACUAAAAAUGAAUGUAUUGCUAAACCUAUACCUCUUGGGCCAUCUGGUCCUGCCGUCAAACAGCUUCUUACAGGCGGGAAGUUGGAUACAUCUUUGAGCGUUAAUAAAGCAGAUGACCCUAUUAAACGCUAUGAUGAUUGCUUACUUUCAUCAACUAUUGGGGGCUGUAGAGAUGCAAAUGCAGCUUCUGGGAUUUCAUUUCCUCAUCUACAGUCGUCAGCACGUGCAGACUCAGCAAAUUCAAAUUUGUAUCGACAACCUACACCAAAUACGAUUCAAAGUGGCGUGCACAUUAGCACACCCCCUGUUUCAUUACCAGGUGCGUUGACAAAUACCUUUCCAUCAGGCCUUCAGCCUCAGCUGCAGGCUGGAAUUCGAUCUACGGGGCAACAAAUACAGCGUGGACUUCUGGGACCUUCAACUGUUACAAAUAACAAUUUACACUCAGGAAUAUUUGCUCCAAAUCCUUGUGUGGCAAUCAAUAUACAGUCUGAUGCAUUGAAUACAAAAACAAUAAAUCCAUCACCGCUUACCGGGAAAAUUCUCACUCCAAUGCUACCAGAUCUCAGUUAUUCCCUUCAAAAUUUUGCUCGAACUCAACCAGCAAUUGUUUCAUCACAGCAACAACCAUCUCUAAAUGUGGGCCAACCUCCAAGUGGUUUAAAUUUGCAACAGCUUUCAUCCGUUAUGGGUGGUAUACAGCUUCAGCCAUCAAUCUCUGUUGUCUCACCUGUCAGUCACUCAUCACCUAGCUCUUCAAAUCCUUUUCCAGCCGUCAAUGAAAGGAGUGUAAAUGGGAUUGCUAAUUUUCUUCAGAAUACUAAGCAACAAGCUGAGUCUGUGAGCGUUUCUAGGGAUCAGUUAGGCUUAUCUCAAGAUCUUUUAGAAGCAAAGCUGAAGGCUGAGACCCUUGCACGUUUAGUUGUUGAACAGGCUACAAUUCCAAAACUUUUACAACAGCAACAACAGACACAACUUGCUACGGCUACGUUACAGUCGGUUGCGCAGGACCACGUGGCUAAUCCAGCAGUAAAUAAUGUUCUUCUGCAGCCGUGCUUUAAUAUGCCAAUUCUUCAACAAUUCAAAAACCCAUCUACACCAAACAAUCUUAGUAGUCUACUUCUUCCCGCUAACCCACUGGCGUCGUUACUUACCUCUCAAACUUCUUACGUACCGCUAACUUCAAGACCUGAUCUUAUUGCUAACGGAGUUGUCAAUAAUGGAAUUUGUGAAUUUCUUGGGGUACCAGCCAGAAACGUUAAUAAUCUCCUUGAUGCUCGAAAUGUCACUAGUUUGUAA